AUGAAGCGACGGCUUAAGUUGUCGUAUCAGAGAUCGAAGCAAGAAGUUCAACAAAACACAGUCAUCCCCCGGAAACAAGAACAGGAUGAGCGAGGAACCCGAACACGGCAAGAAGAAGGCCGGCGGUUCGCGACGAGAACGUUCCAGAUAACGAAUCGUCCGAUGAUUCAGCCGAUAUCCCUCGUGUUCCAAAGUCAAAGUCCGACAAAAAGAAGGGGGCAAGAAAACGCUGUAGUCGCCAAGUCUUCCCAAUUCCAAAGGCAAGAACAAGGAAAAUCGACGCGUCUUCCACCAAGAACGACGAAAAGCCAACGAGAAGGGCCACAAGUUGAGGUUCGACGUUUCGCUUUUCGUGGAAACAAGGACGAACGAGCUGGAACAGUCAUCCGACGAAUCCGAUCACACACACUCAAGGCAAAAGCACCGUUGAAGAAAAGGACAUUUAGCUGCACCUUCUCGAAGCAGAGCCUACCGUCGUGCGUCCGAUGCUAUGAAGGCCCGGUGCAUCUCCUCAAGAAGACGACCUACGCAAGCUUCUCAAAGUACAUGAGCGGCGAUUUUACCACAUCGUGGAAGCGCAAGAUGAAGAAGUUCGUCUCAACCCCGUUGUCAAACCCUUGCAUGCCGUCAUCUCCCUCUUUCCUGUCCCCUGCCCUCCCCUCCUAUCCACUACCCCUCCGUCUCAACAUACACCGUCCCCUCGCCUCCGCACGUCACGACCGCAGCUCCGUCAGCCUCUGA